GUCGCCAUGUGGACGGCAUCGCUGCCGGUCUUCUUCACUUUGAUUGUCUUUGGCCGUACCGAGAAGGAAAAACCUGAGCUAAGUGAUGAAAUCAAAGAAAUAAUCCAGCAUGUUCACAACGAGUGCGUCGCUAAGACCGGGGUCGCCGAGGAGGAUAUAACGAAUUGCGAAAACGGCAUAUUUAAGGAGGACACGAAAUUGAAGAGAUAUAUGUACUGUUUGUUAGAGGAAGCUAGCCUAAUAGAUGACGAAGGCAACGUUGAUUAUGACAUGAUGGUUAGUCUCAUACCUGAACAGUAUUACGACCGAGUUCAUAAAAUGAUAUUUUCCUGUAAACAUUUGGACACACCCGACAAGGACAAGUAUCAAAGGGUUUUUGACGUUCAUAAAUGUUCAUAUGAAAAGGAUCCCAAUUUUUAUUUCUUAUUUUGAGACUGGAAAUUUGCUGACGGGGGGAGAUAAGUAAUAUUUUUAAUAAAGUAUUUGU